GCUUGUUCUACCUUCGUUAUUAGACACAUUCAUUUGAAAUGUAUUAAUCUUCAAUGUUGGCCUGUGGCAUCUAUGAUAUUGAGUUUUAAAAAGGCUCUGUCUGCUUAACUAUUAAGAAACAAUGAACCCCUGGAAAAGGAUGACCAGGUUUCCAGACUCUUUGUCGGACGAAAUAUUAUCGCCCUUGAAAACAUAUAAAUACUCCAGCAUUGAUAAAUCGUUCAUAUCUCGAUAUAUCUUGAAGCACUAUUGGAAUGCUUUUGUUGAGUUGCUUCCCCUAUGGCUCGCGCCAAAUAUGGUUACAUUGAUUGGGUUUAUGUUCAUCAUUGGAAACCUGCUUGUGCUUGAAGUCUUUGUACCAGACUUGGUUGGGCCAGCACCACCGUGGGUUUACUACAGUUUUGCGCUUGGGCUUUGGAUGUACUCCACAAUGGACAAUGUGGACGGCAAGCAGGCAAGGAGGACCGGUACCUCUAGUGGGCUUGGUGAACUCUUUGACCAUGGAAUUGAUUCAUUAAACUGCACACUAGCUAGCCUCCUGGAGGCCGCAGCCAUGGGUCAAGGGUCCUCAAAGAUCGGUGCAUUUACUACACUAAUUCCUUGCUUGCCCAUGUUCUUCUCAACGUGGGAGACAUAUCAUACUCAUACAUUAUAUUUGGGUUAUUUCAAUGGUCCAACCGAAGGCUUGAUUAUUGCCACCCUGGUUAUGAUCGCGGCAGGUUAUUAUGGCCCCGAAAUUUAUUCUAGUUCCUUAUCUGAAUGCUUUGGCCAUCGAGAAGUUUUGGCCGACUAUAGUUUCUUGGAUCUCUGGGUGGUCGUCCUCUUGGGGUCUUUUUUGAUUGCACACCUUCCCGCAUGCAUCCUCAAUGUUAUUCGGUCUCGGAAACGCAGAAACCUCCCUAUUUUGCCCGUGUUCCUGGAAUGGACCCCAAUCGUUGUUUCCUCAAUCUCGACCAUUGCCUGGCUCUAUUCGCCACACUCGACCCUCCUAAGAGAAAACCAUCUUGUGCUCUUCGCGGUUACCAUGUCUUUUGUUUUCGGCCGUAUGACGACAAAAAUAAUACUGGCUCAUUUAACCCGUCAAUCGUUCCCAUUUUGGACUAUGCUCAUGGCUCCUUUGUUAGGAGGCGCUUUUCUGGGGAAUUUACCGAGGUUUGGCUUGCCUAUGGUAAACAAAGAUUUUGAGGCUUGGUACUUGCGUGCCUACUUGGUCAUCGCCUUCGUGACAUAUAUGCACUGGGCUUUCUUUGUUAUUCAUCGAAUCACGACUUUCUUGGAUAUCAAUUGCCUGACAAUCAGAAAAGAUUCGCUAGCAGCAUCUAAAGGGUUAUACCAACAGAUCAGCGAAGGGACCCGAGAUAUUUUGGACAGUCAAUUUGACCUAGAAAGUGGCAGACUGAAGAAUCACUAA